UUCUUCUUUAUGGUUUACGACACUGACAAUCUUUUUUUUUUUGGUCAUAAACAUUCAAAAUCUAAUACGACCAUGGGCGAAAGGUAAACUGUUAUAAGCAGCAUACCUCUUUCAUAUUUUGCGAUCGACAAUACAGUUGGAAACACUACAGCUUCAAGUGUCACUGUCAAAGGUCAUGACGUCAUAGCUGUCACUUGCGAAUUGGUUUGGUGUUGUUUAAAUAUUUUGAACAAAAAAUCGAUACACUUUAAAAUUAAAAAAUGAGUAUUCCACUAUUUCCAAGCUUAAAGCCUAGACUGAUACACUCCUCUUGGUUUGAUGUGGAUCAACCUUGUGAUGAUGAAGAUGAAGUAUCUCAACUGGAAAGAGAACAUACAAACUGGAUUAUGUCUAUAAAGCAGAUGAAUUCUGAUUUGACCCCUAUUGGAAAGACCGCAUCUGAGAGUAUGGAAGAAGAUGAAGAAGAAGACGAUGAGGAUGAUAACGACGAUGAUGAGGAGUCAGAAACACAUGACGAAGAGGAAGAAGAUGAAAUAGAAAUGGAUGUUUCACAAGAACGUAACUCUCCUGUUGAUGUCAGCAUAAGACUUGUGUAAUGUAUAAUGAUCAGAUACUCAACACCAAGUUAUUAAUGAAAUGUGAUGUAAUUUAAUCUUUUUCCAUUGUGAAUAUGUAUUUUAAAACUAAUUUCAAAUAAAAAAAAAUUAAAUAGGUA